AUGGAUGAUCAAAUAUCGCCAGACGGUCGGCUCAGCCGUGACAGUAGUAUCAGUUUGGAGGACCAUAACGGACCAGCUCCAAGGCUUAGCAGAUCCGAUCUUUACACCGCGCAUCAAGUACAGAGAGAUGCGUACUAUCGCGCAAAUCCAUACUCCCUGUUUAUGAUUCCCCUAGACUUUCCGGCAACGUACAACGCAGACGAGAUACCGACAGGUGUAGGGCCUUCAGAUGCUGUUGAUGAAACAUUGCUCUCAUCCCGCCGCUUGGAACAAUAUCUGUCCGAAGAACGCAGGGGCGAACGGAUCGCUCUGGGGAUGCAGCCUCUGGGAGUAAACAGGGCUACUGUCCAGCACUAUCUGCCCGAAAUCAUACAGAGUAUGGAUAACAAUGUGUCACAAGCAGAGGCAACUGUUGGCACGAUGGAGCCUGAGGUAGAGCCUGAGGAAGGAGUAUGCUGGGGAUCGUUCACCACAUUGGCAUCUACGACAUCUGACGGGUCUUCGGGACCCGUUACAGCAUGCAAGAACAAAAGCGAUGACGGUUAUAUAGCCGAGGCAGCUAACUCAGGACCAUUCCCCGCAACGCCCUCUUCAGACCAGCACAGUUCUCCGGGCCCAACGAGACUAGGCAAGCCAUAUGUGGCUCCAAUACAGUCGCAACAUGCCUUGGCUAGCAAUGAAUCAAAUCUCGUAGCCCAGGACACUGCUGAAUGCGACCUGGAGCUAGAAGAUGUUGCAAGCAAUUUUUAUAAAACAAUCAGCCACAGGCGACGCGGAGGUUACCAAGUCGAGAACCAAACACGCGUUAGACAGGCACGCGUUAAAAAGACUGCUCGCCUCGUAAGGAGGUCAGAGAAGCAGCAAAAAGAGACGAAGAAAUGA